ACCUCGCCACGCCUGCCCCCGUGGCGGCCCCGUCCAAGGGCAAGUCAGCAGUGGCGCAGAACCCUAGGGGCCACUAUGCUGCAACCAACGCCCCGUCGGAGACGCCGUACAAGGGCAAGUCGGCAGCGGCGCACGCCGCGGCCGUGGGCCCUCAUCCUCCCACCACAACUCCCCUGGCGGCGACGCCGUUGCGUCCGCCACCACCCUCGAGCGCAAGCGUCGGGUCUUCCAGAGCAACCUGCAGAUGAUGUAUGGAUUCGGGGAUGAUCCAAAGGGGUGUUCUGUUUAUUCAUCUAUAACGAUAUGAUGCAAUUAUUUUAGUUUAGAGCAGGAAUUUAGAUUGCAACUGAUGAUAAUCUGCAUUGAACCUUGAAUUCUCAAUGCUAAUGUAUGAUGAUUUUAAUAACUUCCAUGUAAAGAAAGAAGCACAUUGUUUUUUUUCCUUAUAAAAUUGCUCACAUAUGUGGUAUUCUUGACUUUGUAGCCACUUCCAGAAACUGUUGCACUUGUGGAUGACAUUGCUGUGGAAUAUGUCACUGAUCUGAUAUUGGAAGCGACACCACUGUCCACGCUGCCGACAGCUACAUUACUCCAAGCGACGCAUCUUUUUAGAUUUAGUGCGCAAUGCUCAUGUUCUGUUUGUGAUUUGAAAUACAGAAUCUAGAGAAAUACAGUGACUUCAUAGUCUGCCAAGCUGCCUGCAGGAUCUAGCUUCUAUGUAUCAGGUUUUUCUUUUCGGUGAAAUCCAUAACCUCACCAAGAUGGAUGCAGGUGCAAACUCUAUUGAGGCCCAUUCAGGCUUUCAGUGAAAGCUUAAGGAAAGAAGUUUGUGGCACUGGCAUCUGUUGAGGGUAAAGAGGCUGAAGUCCAGACCAUUAGCAAAAGGAACCUCUAAUUCAAAGACGAAUAUGAGGUGUUGAGGUGUUGAGCUAUGAGAAGUGUGGCUGCACUUUGAUUAGUUUCACCAGCUAACUUAAGUGUACGGGCAGCAAUGGAGAUGGAGGUACCACCACCAUGGCUGUCCUCCCUCGCGGUCCUGCUGGCCACCGCCCUCUUCCUCGCGGCCGUCCUCCGCCGGCGAGGAUCGCGCAACAAGCACUACAACCUCCCGCCGGGCCCUCGGCCGCGGCCGGUGAUCGGCAACCUGAACCUGAUCGGCCCGCUGCCGCACCGCUCCAUCCGCGAGCUCUCGGCGCGGUACGGCCCGCUCAUGUCGCUCCGCUUCGGCUCCUUCCCCGUCGUCGUCGGCUCUUCCGUCGACGCCGCCGAGUUCUUCCUCAAGACCCACGACCUGGCGUUCCUCGACCGGCCCCGCAUGGCGUGCGGCAAGCACACCGUCUACAACUACUCCGGCAUGCUCUGGUCGCACUACGGUGCCUACUGGCGCCAGCUCCGCAAGCUGUGGUUGACGGAGCUCCUCAGCGCCCGGCAGCUCCGGCGGACGGAGCUCGUCCGCGCCGAGGAGGUGCGCGCCAUGCUGCGCGACAUCCGCGCCGGCGCCGGCGCGGCGGUGGCGGUCAAGGAGCACCUGCUCAUGGCGACGCUCAACGUCGUGUCACGCAUGGUGCUGGGCAGGAAGUACGUCGGCGAGCAGGGCGCCGGCGCGGCGGCGGCGGUGGCGACGCCGGAGGAGUUCCGGUGGAUGAUCGAGGAGAUCUUCUUCCUCAACGGCGCGCUCCACAUCGGGGACCUGGUCCCGUGGCUCGGCUGGUUCGACCCCAACGGGUACGUCGCCCGGAUGAAGCGGCUGGGCAAGAUGUUCGACCGGUUCGUCGAGCACGUGCUGCGCGAGCACGAGGACCGCCGCCGGCGGGAGGGCCCCGCGUUCGUGCCCACCGACAUGGUCGACCAGCUGCUGGAGCUCGCCGGCGACCCCUGCCUCGACGUCCCCAUCGACCGCGACGGCGUCAAGGCGUCCAUUCUGGAGCUCAUCACCGGCGGCACGGACUCCUCGUCGGUGACGGUGGAGUGGGCCAUGUCGGAGCUGCUGCGGAAGCCCGAGGUCCUCGCCAAGGUGACCGAGGAGCUGGACCGCGUGGUCGGCCGCGGCCGCUUGGUUGGCGAGGGGGACAUCCCGAGCCUCCCCUACCUGGACGCCGUCGUGAAGGAGACGAUGCGGCUGCACCCGGUGGCGCCGCUCCUGAUACCGCGGGUGUCGCGCGAGGACACGGCGGUGGCCGGCUACGACAUCCCCAGGGGCACGCGCGUGCUCGUCAACGUCUGGGCCAUCGGCCGCGACCCGGCGGUGUGGGGGGACGCGGCGGAGGAGUUCCGGCCGGAGCGGUUCGUCGGCGGCGAGGAGGCGGCGGACGUGAAGGGGCAGGACCUGCGGCUGCUGCCGUUCGGGUCCGGCCGCCGGAUGUGCCCCGCCCACGGGCUCGGGCUCAGGAUGGUGCAGCUGGUCCUCGCGAACCUGGUGCACGGCUUCGCGUGGAGGCUCCCCGACGGCGUACCGCCGGAGAAGCUGAGCAUGGAGGAGAAGUUCGGUAUAUCCGUGUCACGCAGGGACCAGCUCAAGGCCCUCCCUGAGCCCAAGCUCCCGGGUCACCUCUACUAGUUCGAUCGGGUACAUUGUCUGCCUUGCUCCUACGUGCUAUGUCACAUUGUGGUGUAUAUCGUAUAUAGAUGCCCUCGUAUUACAUGUACAUACACACAUAUAUGGAUGUAUGUGUGUGCCAAUCAAUGUUUUAAAUAGCCGGUAUAUCAGCUGUUAUAGACGGCUAUAGCUGCUACGCUAUGACAUUAGCCCGCUAGACGCUGUAACAGCAGCAGGCUGCUAAACGUUUUAACCGACGAUUUAAAACCUCGGAGACAAUGUUGUAUUUCAAAACAAAAUAAGUGUGAUGAUAUCGAAAUCUUCUGUAGUAA